UCAACUUUGCGAAAAAACUAAAAGGGAAAACGUAAACACAUCUUAUGGCCGAAGUUUUACUGGUCGGCUAACUUAAUUAAUGUAGAACAAUAAUAAAUUAAACAAUAAAACUGAUAGUUAGGCCGUCGUCCACAUUUUUAGUGAUUAAGGAUAUUUUGUUAGACAGUGUAUUGUGCGUAGCUCGAAGCGUAAAAGUGCGAUUCAAAAAAGAUAAAAUUGGAAUUGAGUAUCCAUAUAGUGCAGCAACAUGGUCGAUCCAAAUUUAAUUGAAAUAAACGAAAUAAAAGGAUUUAUCACCUUCCUGCAGAGCAUCGACUGGUUCGACCCGUGGCUUAUCGGGCUGAUAGCCUUCCACAUUUGCAUAACAUCAACGGCACUGUUGACCAGAAAUUGCGGAAAUUUUCAAGUGUUUCUGUUUCUAGUCUUGCUGCUGAUGGUUUACUUCUCCGAAAGCAUAAACGAGUAUGCCGCCGUGAAUUGGAGGAUUUUUUCCAAGCAGCAGUACUUUGACGAUAAGGGAUUGUUCAUAUCACUCGUGUUUUCAGUGCCAAUUCUGCUCAACUGCAUGCUGAUGGUUGGAAGCUGGCUCUACCAAUCGACGCAGAUGAUGGCCCGCCUCAAAACUGCCCAGCUGCGACAGCAAAUUCGCCAGUCAAACAGCCGCCAAAGGAUAAAGGAGGACCACCAGGAUUGAAUCACGUUGCAUUGAACCACAACCCCAAGACCCAAACAAAAGCUUUAUCAAAAAAAUGACUUUUAUCACCGGAAAGAGGGAAAAGGAGGGGAGAAAUGUUGUGAUGGGAAUUGUUACAUCACUACUUACUAGUAGGGCGAUAGUUGAACGUACUUGCACGUACAUAUUAACUUAGUCAGACAACAUUAAACACAACAACACCACCCACACAUACAUACACACGUACACAUAGCCUUUCUGAGUGUAACCACGUCGGAAUCUUUAGGUGUCGGAGUGCAACUUGUUUUAUUUGCCGCUGAAUGUUUGUCUAAAUCUCACGCAAUGUCUAAACAUUUAUUUUUGAAACAAAAAAAAACACAAUUUCCACCAAAAGACACAGUUUAGAGAGCAAAAGAUCUUCUUUGAAUGUCGUGGAUAAGCAACGUAUUGUGAUGGUUUAAAUUUGUAAAAGAGAUAAACUAUUGAUGAAACAUUAAACGAUUUUAAACUUUAGUUGUAAGAUUUUUAUUUUUUUUAAGACAGGAAGAUACAACAUGAAAAGAGUUAAAACUAACAAAUGUUUUUUUCGUGUAGUAAGAAAUUGUUCAUCUCCAGAUUCUUUUUUCAGUACAUUUACGUUGUUGCGUCAAAGCCGCAUAUUAAUUUUUAACUAAAAAAAAUACUGACCGUCGCAAUUUUUGAUUUGUAUUGUACAGCAUGGUCAAAUAGCAUUAAUUUGAUUUUCAGCAUAAAAACAAACAAUCAAUGACUAUAAAAUUACACAAAUACACAGCGGGAUUAUAUCCAAGAAUCGGUGCCAGAAGUUUGGUCACAAAGUGUGAUUUAGAGGGGUGUAAUCAAGGGGUACUACGGCAGGUAGGGAGUAAACAAUUGGAUGUUUGAAUAAUAAAUUAGGUGGAAUAAACACUCAUUUACACACAGGU